AUGACGUCCUUAGCCGAUGUUCAAGAUAACAAAAAACCAAAGUCACUUAUUCUUGACAUUUGUGCUAAUGAGGACAGGAAAAUUGCUGGGAGAGUUGCAGUUAUGUUGGAAGGUUUAUGGAAGAAUAGAAACGACUUUGUUUGGCAUAAUGAAAAGGAAGAAGCUUCUAAGCUUGGUUGGCUAGCCUUCCAUAAGUGGCAAGAGUGGUUCACAGCUCAAAAUCCUAGAGACAUGCAAGGUGAUAUCGGUAACCUGGUCAAUUGGUCCCCUCCUCCUCUUGGUUUGUUAAAAUGCAAUGUUGAUGCCGCCUUCAAUCAGCGGUUAGGGACUACAAAUCGCGGUUGGUGUAUUCGAAACGAUCAAGGUAACUUUGUAGCUGCUGGUACUGCUUGGGACGAAUGCACUUUCUCCGUCUUAGAGGCGGAAGCCUUAGCCCUUAAAGAGGCUAUCCAGGUCGUUAGUACUUUACACCAUGUUCCUGUUAUUUUUGAGAGUGAUUCUCAACAGGUGGUAAAUGCCAUUGGUUCCAAUUUAGGGGGUAAUUCGGAGUUCUCGUUAGUUAUAAAUUCUAUUAAGUUGUUGUUGUUAGAUAUUCCAAACUUUGAGGUUAAGUUUUCAAAGCGUCAAACAAAUAUGGUUGCCCAUACCUUAGCAAAGGCGGCCAAUUCUUGGACUCGACGCUAUAUGUUUGAUGAUAUCCCUCCUUGUAUUACGUUAUAUUUGAUUAAUGAAAGUUGUUAA